GGAGGAGCUUAAGAGAUGGUUUAUCCAACAAGAAAUGGACCUCUUCCGUUACAGAUUUAAUCAGCUAUCUCAUUCUUUAGUUGAAAGGUUUCUUCAGUAUGCUAACUUGGGGUAUGAUAUUCUUCCAGAAACUGAAAAGCUGAACAUGGCAGACAAACUAAUCAAUGCAACACCUGGAAUUGGUGUCAAUGAACUGAAAAAUAAUGUCUUCUAUAAGGUCUCUUUCUGUGAUGCUGUGGAUUUAGUUCGUGUAAGAAAAGUUUACUUGCUUGGUGGAUAUGCCUGUGUUCCUCAGCAGGAUUUUGUUACCAUUGUCCUGAACAAUUACAGAACCAAACUAUCAAAAGCUCUGGCCCUAACAGCACGAUCACUGCCUAUAGUACAAACUGAUGAGAGACUUCAACCCCUGCUCAAUCACCUCAGCCAUGCAUAUGUUGGUCCAGAUUAUAAUAUUGAAAAAGCAAUGGGCAAAAUUUCAUUGGAACAAAUUGAUGCUCUUUCGGUUAAAUCAUUUCCUCUCUGCAUGCGCCAGCUCCACAAAGCUCUGCGUGAUAACCAUCAUCUCCGUCAUGGAGGCCGUAUGCAAUAUGGCUUAUUCCUCAAGGGCAUUGGCUUAACACUAGAGCAAGCUCUGCAGUUCUGGAAAUCUGAAUUCAUCAGAGGAAAGGUAGACGCAGACAAGUUUGAUAAAGGAUAUGCUUACAGCAUCCGGCAUAACUAUGGAAAAGAAGGCAAGAGAACGGAUUAUACUCCAUACAGUUGCAUGAAAAUUAUCCUGUCCAAUCUCCCAGGCCAAGGGGAUUAUCACGGAUGCCCAUUUCGCCACAGUGACCCAGAGCUGCUGAAGCAGAAGCUUCAGUCAUAUAAAAUACCUCCUUCUGGAAUCAGUCAGAUUUUGGACUUGGUGAAAGGUAUGCAUUAUCAGCUGGCCUGCCAAAAAUACUUUGAACUGACUCAUGAUGUCAAAGAAAUUGGUUUUUCUCUGAGCCAUCCCAAUCAGUACUUUAUAGAAAGUCAGCAGCUACUUGGUGGCACCAAAGAAAUAAAAAAAGAUGAAAGGCAGCUUGAAAGCUCCCACGUGAAACCCAGCAGCGGGACACGGGCAGAUAUACCUACGGCUCCCUCUUUAAGUACCACAGAAGAAAUGGAACUGGAGGGACUUGAGGAUUACUUUGCUGAAGAUUAAAUAAUUUUAUCAUUUUUCUGGUUACUUCCUAUAAUCUUCGUAUAUUACAAAGCGGUGCCGUGUAAAUGAUGUAUAAAGACAUUGUAAAUGUGCGGAGUUGAGUUCUACAUAGAAAGUGUGGAACGGUAUAUUGUGAUAUAAAAUAGUUUGAAAAACAGACAUUUCUUGUAAGCACAAAAAUAAGUUGCAAGAUUGAGCAAUAAAAUAGUUCAAGUCACAUUUCUGUUUCCAUGGGCAAAUGCUAGAGUUGUAGGCUUUCCAUCAUACAGUGUUACCCUAUUUCAUUCUCUUUUAACUCCAAGUCUUUUUUCUUGAUAGAACUGAUUUUGAAAUAUAGAGAAAUGCAGACAUUUAUAAUGCAGUUUAGGUCAUUCAUGCAAGAUCUAUUGUAUCAUAAACAAUUCAUGAUUACUUUAUGAAUUCCUCUUAAAAUGCAAAAUCUUCUUGCUGUGAUUUCAAGCAGCAAAGCCUGUUUCAAAAGGAAACAAGAUUUUAAAUGCAUGUUGUUAAAUUUACAGAUUAAAGCCUGUACAAUUAAAAA